CAGCGCUCCGAGUCUCUCAUCGUCGUGCAUCUCUUCCACCAGGAACGCUCGAACAGCGUCCCCCACAGUGAUGCUGGGGUUCUGCGCUGCCAGAGCUACAUCGCCAUCCAUUGCCAAAUGGCGCGUGUGUUCGCCGAAAUACACACGGCCAUUGAACCGUCUCGUUUUGGAAAGCGUGACAAACGGUUCCUGGUUGCGCUCCGCAGUUUGCUGAUCCACGCAUACCAUUUGGCACCUGCGACAUGGCCCAAGCAUCUCAAAGUAUUGUUGCCCGAUCUGGAGGUAACGCCACUCGUCCUCUGCGUACGCCUGUUCUGUGCCUGGCGGCCACUCGAAAUUCUCUGCAAUCACAAUGUUGGCUCGGAAUACCUCUGCCUGUGCCGCCUUGCCGCCUUCCGCCUUGAUUUGCUCGUUCAGGCGAUUGAGACUAGAUCGUGAAAUCGUGAGGAUCGGGCUCUCAUUCGACAAGAGUAUGGGAUUCGAAACCGUUUGCCCAGGAAAGCUCGUCGUCAGUUCAGGGAAAGCGCCGGGUAUGUGCAUAUCACCGGACUGCUGUUUCUUCUGAAGAUGGGUCUUGGAAUGUCGGGAGCAAGCCAAUGGGCCACUUCCGUUACCGACCGCGGGGAAACGAGCAAGAUGGCAAGCCACCCCGAGCGCCUGGGUGAAAAAUGAUGAUAUCUCGUGUGACUUGUAUGUCUUCGCCUUGAUCUCGUCCCCGCAUACCUUUGCAUUCGCCUCCUUGUACACGCUUUGAUCCGAAUAUAGUCGUGGGUCAGCAGAGAGAGGCACGGUAAUCUCGUCCAUCGUCGACUUCUCCUGCAGAUGCCCUACCAGACGCACACGUAACACACCAUGAUCCAAGUCUAUACUUGGACGAAUCAGAGUCAUGUUGGGAUAGCGCUUCUGACUUAACGCCGCUCCUGUACCUUGGUGGACUAAGCACCACUCCCUAUCCCAAGCGAGACCCUCGCGCCGCACCUCCCACGACUUGCCUGGCGGUACGCUGAAUGCAGCGCAGCUUUUGAUGGGGUAUACGGAUAUACUCUCCACGUGUAGGCGGCUCCAUGUUGGUGGCUCGGUAGGCGCAGGUAUGACUGGUAGCGACACUGCUGAUGGCACGUCUUGGACGAAGAACUCUCGCACGAAUUGGAUGAAUAGCGAUACGUCUUGGAGUGUACUCAUUGCCCCAAGGCUGAUCCGAAUCAUACCAGUCGGCUUCGACCGAAUAAUGUCAUUGUCGUUUCCACAUCGCUGCCCGGCCGAGAAAUUGGCUCUCAUUUCCCACGGCGCCAAAUCCAGUGACGAUGCAACACCGCCAGGGUUGCAAAGACCACCAGUGCGUAGUUGGAAGUUUUUGAUCGCUGCGAGUUUUUCCACCUCUGCAUUGCUGACCCAGCCCCCGUAUUGAUUCUGUAAAUUGAACGCAAUGACUGGCCCCUGCGUAUCAGAUACUCCAUACGUCGAAGACGCGUCCUCGUAGAUAUGGCAUACCUGGACGCCGUUUCCGUGAGUUAGUGCUUUCAAGUCGCUAUACAGCUUGACAGUAAGAAAAGUGGUGUGACUCGAUAUCUCCUCGAAAGAUUUAUACAGCUCUUGGUGAACACUAAUCGCGACGUCUAGAGCCAUGAUGCUAUGUAUUGGCAAUGUCCCGUCUUCCAGUCUCUCGUGAAGUGUUUCUUUCUUCGCAUGCCACCUUUCUUGGAGGCAGACCACGGACUCUACAGUCCCCCCACCAAAAUAACGGCGCUUGUCAAAUAUGGAGUCUGACCGCUUCCGCACAAUCAGUGCACCUAGGUCUGGAAAGCCGAAUAUCUUGUACAAGCUCAAAACUGUGAAAUCGGGUGCGCUCUCCGGGUCGCUGAGAUCCAGUGGCGCAGUCGAGACUAGAGCAGCAGCGUCGAGUAGACUGUAUACUUGGCCAUGAUGGUUUGUACGUAAGCGGCGUAGCCAAUCCAGAGGCAAGCGGCGCCCGUUCAUAUUGGACUGCGCUGGAUAUGCAAAGAGCGAAGAUGUUGAGCUUGCCGUCAAACUGUCUUGGUCUUGUAGCCAAUCUUCAACUUCGGCAUCUGAAGCAAAGCAGUGGUGACUGGAAGCAGAUUCGCGCACUCCUACCAAACUCGUAUGUGCAUCCCGGUGGUACCCGUACCAAAACCCUUCUUCCAGUCCACAGAAGGCUUCCAUGACAAGCUUGAUGCCUGCAGUGGCGUUGGCGACAAAAACCACCUCAAAUUCAGCGGGGUCGGCAUUAAACAACCCCAGCAGUCGUAGUCUGAUAUCUUCUAUCCGACGCGUGGUCAACUGCGAUGAGUUGGAGGCUGAAUGUGGAUUCCCGUACAAAUGAGACAUCAUAUCGGCGGAGAAGCGCUGAAUCAGCGACUUCGCAUAGAGAGUGGUACCGGCAUGGUCGAAAUAGGUAGUCCCUCUUU